UCCCCCAUCCCCCAUCCGCUUUAACCACGCCUUUGCUGGUAGACCUAGGCUACUACAUGUAACUUCAUAUUGCUUACUGGUAACGUCCGAUUUCGUUAUGAACCGGUAAGUUGAACUUGUCGACCUGAGUAACUGGAAACCCGAAGUGAAUGGCAAAAGUGAACACUGGCACUUCCAGUCGUAGAGCCAUGAUCAUAGCUGGUCGAUUUCUGUCCAAACCUUCAGUACAGAUCCACAAGAGUCGUCGGAUAUUCCCAGAGUUACAGCGGGACAUUAGCUCUCGCGGCGACGCCGGUCAUCGGAGCAAAAUGCCGGCAUGUCUGGGCCAGCCGGACGCGCCUGGUUCUCUGACUGCUGCCGACCGUCAUGCACUGUCAAACCGCACACUCAUUUACCGGGACGUGAAGGCAUUUCUCAGUGAGAUCGUUGGAGACACACGAGAGGCUCGCUACUGGCUAACGCAAUUCCAGAAAGCAAAUGUAUGGCAAUCGCCUGCUUUUGCAGUCAUAGAGGUUGAUCAGUCUGUGUUUGAGAGCCGGGAGAUGGUGCAAAGCCUGGGCUUUGGGCUCUCUUUUCUGCAGCGGAUGGAUAUGAAACCUGUAGUGGUGAUGGGGCUGACCCAGACCAAGGACGGUGAUGAGGUCCUCGAUCCCAGGUCCAGUGUAGUCCAGAACUGCCAGGCGCUCACCGAGGUGCUGCAGAAUAACUCGGCCAGCGUCAUUCCAUUCUUCAGCUCUGAAGUCGUCCUCCUCGUCCAGGACACGCUGGCCAGUCCCUCUGUGUCAGUGGACGAUAGUAGACCCUCCGUCUCGGCAGAUGGCAGUAGACCCUCCAUCUCGGUGGACAGAGGCCUGCUCCAGUGGACCCUGGACUGUGGGGCCAUUCCGCUGGUAUGCCCCGUGGGCCGCACCACGGCCAGCCGCUCGGUGGUGCUGGACUCGGUUGACGUCACCGCCGCCAUCGCCAAGGUCCUGCAGCCCCUCAAAGUCAUGUUCCUCAACAGCUGGGGGGGCAUCCGGAACCAGAGCCAGAAGGUGCUGGGUCAGGUGUCUCUGCCCUCAGACAUGCCCUUGCUGUCGCGGGCGACGUGGCUCGGCGCCACUGAGCGCCAGCGGGUGGCCGCCAUCAACCAGCUCCUCAACCAGCUGCCCUGCGAGUCCUCAGCCGUCAUCACCUCAGCCAACACGCUGCUGACCGAGCUCUUCAGCCACAAGGGAUCCGGCACUCUGUUUAAAAAUGGAGAUCCCAUUCACAGGUACACCAGCCUGGAUCACAUUGACGUUGACCGCCUGGUUGCCCUGAUCAACAAGUCGUUCGGGAAGAACCUGAAAGAAGAUUACAUCACCUCUCUGAAGGACAGGCUGCAUUCUAUCUACCUCUCUGAAGAGUACAGCGCUGCUGCCAUCAUCACCACGGAGCAGGUGAGCAGUGGCACCCUGUACCUGGACAAGUUUGUGGUGAGCAGCAGCAAACGGGGCCAGGGCACCAGCCAGAUCCUGUGGGACAGCAUUCGGCAGGACCUGGGCAAGCUCUUCUGGAGGUCCCGCUGCACCAACCACAUCAACCCCUGGUACUUCAAGCACUGUGACGGCAGCUGUGUUAACGGCAGGCAGAUCAUUUUCUGGUUUGGACUGUCCGAUAUCCGUGAGUCUUACGAACUGGUGGAGUAUGCCAACCGUGUGCCCUACUCCUUCAUAGACACACCACCAGAGGAAACGCCCCAGUGCUCUACGCCUGGGUCCUGAGCCUCAGUUCCUCCCCCCAUCCCCCCUGCUACCCCUCCACCCACCCUUCCACCCCUCUCCUGACCUUGCCACCCCUCCACCCCCCUUGCCACCCCUCCACUGCCCCUGCCACCCCCUUGCUUCAGUCUGUCUGGAGCUGCGUGGAAUCUUUGUUCAAGGAAUGGAGCUUGGAAACCACAUUUUUACUCUGCCUUGUAGUUUGAAACCUCUUUUUAAAAAAUCUCAUCUUCAAUUGCAUUUUGACCCCAAAAAAAGCUAGCUAACAAGUGCAAUGCUAUAGCUUAGAAAAGCAAACUCAGUACCUAGAUAUCUGAACUUUCACAUUCCUUUCCAAAAACCUGCAUGCUAAACUUUUGUCAGUUUUUUGAAGGCUAAAAAUGCGGUUUGAGCUGCGGACUCUCCUGGACUUGGGCGAGCGCAGGAACCGUAUUACCUCAGGUGCUUUAAAUAUUGAUGUAAAGAGGUGCUAUUGGAGUGAAAAGCUAGUGAACUUGUUUACAGCAGCCACGGUGCCUUUGACGUGCUGUCACAUGACUCAGUAGUAGUGCUUUGGAACCUGCAGUGUGGAGUUCACUGGGCUGUGGGUGAAGGUAUGGGAGGAAUGCACACGCUGUACCUGGUGGGUGUCUUACAGAUGGUAACAGCAGGGAUUGGAGAUAUCAAUUGGCAGUUACAAGUUGGGUAGACAAACAGUGGGGGGGGGGUAGAUUGUGUGUGUGUGUGAGAGAAGGGGGGAGGGGGAUUGAGUCUGAAGACUGUUUUUAACAUACCUGAACUGGCAGAAAAUUUGUAUUACUGUCUAAGGGCUGUAUUGUUGUAUUAGCUGUAUUGACCAGGAGGACUGUACAUAUCAUAUCACUCGUUAAUGCAUCAAGGAUUAAUAAGGGUUUCCAUUUCUUCAAUAAUGGAUUAUUAGAUUGUGGUGGUGCAAGUUUUCUGAAUAUGCUGAGUACUGGUGUUGAAACUCAUACAAUUUCACAUAUUAAAGUGACUUUUCUCACUUUCAGGUAUACACAGGUCAUAAGCAUUAUUCCCUGAAACUUAAAAAAAACAAACAAAAAAAUUCUGUUGAAAGGGAAAUUACUACAAGGAGAUUAUCAGUUUACUUGAAGUUUAAAUACAGCUUUUAAAUCCAUGAACUGAUUGAAAAAUCAGUACUGUAGUUAUUUUCAUUUGUACUAAAGACUUGUUUUACACUUUUCAAAGUAGAAAGACUGUUCUUUAAUUUGAAAUGUUUCCCUCAGUAUCACUCUUUUGGUGAUGUGGUUUGUAGUUCUGCAUUUUAACAUUGCCUGUUUGGUUUUCUGUACCAUUUCUGGAAAUAUUUAUCAAAAAAAGUGUUCAUCAAAAUAAUUGUUAUGCUUAAUAAAGGGCCAUUCACUGAACAAAAGUCUUUCCUAACAUUGAAGCGUGUGAAUGAAAUUUUGAUAUACGUGUAAUGUAUUCAUAUUUUUCCUGUCAUUUCAUAGGCCACAUUCCAAUGACCUUCCUAACAAUGACAUGUUCCUGAAUUUAGAGGCAUCAAACCUUGAAAAGGCUUUAAUUGGAUAUGUAGAUUGGAGUUGGAUCCUUGUGUUUGAACUUGGUCAUAUAGAUGACCUAGGACUUCACACAACUAAUGCAUGCUUGACCAUGUUCAUUUUCUCAAUAAAAAAAACGAACCCUGCAGAUAUGCUGUCUUCCACUAGAUGGCAGCAGAUGGUGCUUCUAAGCAGGUGAGUGUUAAAAUGUGAUUCUCCACUGAAGGCUGCCAGACCCUUUAAGUAUAUCACUGAUCAGAUCAGAAGAAGUGUACGUGACAUUACUUUGUAUUGUUUAAGAUAUGGUAUUUUGGAAAUUUUAGAGUAAAUCAGUUUAAACACGUUUAUAUAUAGUUAGUUUAUAUAUGUUAUAUAUAUGUGUGUGUAUAUGUGUGUGUGUUCUUCACAUCAAAAUGUCCUAGGGAGCUAAAUAGUUCAAAACAAAAUACAAGCAAGGUGCACUUCAGUCAGUUGCAGAAUACAUGAAAGCGCAAUGAAAAAUGAAUGUUUUCAAUGGGUUUUUAAAAAUCGCCAGUGUUUCUGGUCGUAGGUGGUAGAGAGUUCCACAAACGAGAAACGAGAAUGACCUCCAUCUGGCUUGAGGCAAUACAGAACACCACCCCACCAACCAACAAUCAUAAUAAGGCAGGGCUGCCCAACCCUGUUCCUAGAGAUCUACCAUCCCAA